AUGGAAAUUGAUAAGAUACAGGUUGUAUUAGAAGUGUUUCUAAAAGAUCUUAAUAAAACAAGUUGUAAAACUCGAAAGAAUUUUAAAAAUUUAAGUGAUUUGAAAAAGAAAGUAAAUGGAAACAAAAUAGACGUUGAAAAGUUCAAAAGUGGUGUUAAGAAAUUAAUAAGCGAUUUUGAAGAGGAGAAUUUUGAAGAAGAUUAUAUAAGUAAUUUAAUAUAUGAGUAUCUAUUAAUAGUAUUUUCUAAUACAACACAUUCUCAGAGAUUCAGGGAGCUGCACAAUAUUUUAGAACAUUUUUAUAACAGAUUAGUUCAAAAAUUAUUGGAACUUGAACAAACCGCAUCAAUCAUUACUAACAAAAAAUUUAACCAAGUUGUAAGAAAACUAAUACCGUUUGUUAAACUAUCAAUGGUCAGUGAUCAACUUACAUCUGUUAAUAUUGAACAAGCUCUGCAGGAGUUAUACGAGAUUAUACUAUAUCCAAACAUAUCUAGAGAAGAUUGUUAUGAAAUUAUAAGGAAUAAAAUUGGAACAACCAAUGUCGAUUUUGUGGAUUUUCAAGUUAAACCCGUGAAUGAAAAAUUCGGCGUUAUGGCAGAUUAUUAUAGACUUAAAAUAGACGUUAAAGAAAAUGGAGAACAGAAUACACACCAUUUAUUUGCAAAAGUUCUCCCUUCAGUCAUGGACCAAUCAAGAACAAUGUUUACAAGAACUGUUUUUAAAAAAGAGCAAAUAUUUUACUCCGAAUUCAUUCCUUUAUUACGGAAGUUGGGAUUAGAUGAAGUGCUUGAUUUUUUACCAAACUGUUAUUAUUCAAAUGAUAAAUUUAUGAUAUAUGAUGAUGUUUCUGUUAAAGGCUACAGUAAUUUGGCUACUCAUUCAACAUUAAGUUACGAACAGUUAUCAUCCAUGUUUAAACAAUUGUCUAAAUUAAACUCAACUGGUAUUUUAUUCGAAGAAAAACUAUCGAAAAUUAUGGGAAAACCUGUUUAUUUGAACGAAUAUUACAAAGAUAUGGUGGUAGAAAUUUUUGUACCCAAUGAAACAGGAUUUGUUGAUUUUUUCGACUGCGGUUUACGGGCCUCUUGCCACAUUUUAAAUAAGAUUCCCGAAUUUUGUGAAAAUACAAAUCUUGAUAACUUUAAACAACAAAUUUCUGCUACCAUGAAAGACUUCUAUGAAAAAGUUAAGCCGUCAAAAUUGAGCCGUAAUUUUUUGUGUCACGGUGAUUUUUGGAUAAAUAAUUUAUUAUUCACGAAACAUUGUACAGACUGUUUCUUAUUGGACUAUCAAAAUUUGAGGUAUUCGUCUCCUGCUUUUGACGUUCAAUUUGUUUUAUACCUCCACACAGAUAAAAAAAUACGUGAUAAUUCCGGUAAUAAGCUUUUAAAUGAAUAUUACAAAAAUAUGAAACAAAAUUUACAUAAAUAUGGAAUUGAUAUCAACGAAAUUUAUUCAUAUGAAACUUAUCAAAAAUCUUUAGUAGCAUUUAAACCAGUCGCAAUGAUAAUAGCACUAUCUUGCAUGCAGUUGGAUUUAUUGCCAAAAGAAGCUAAACAUUUAUUUGACGAUCCAGUAUGGGUUCAAAGGAUCCUGACAGAAGAUCGAACAGAUAUAAUCGAUAAAUAUUGGGAUUCAAUGGAAGUAACCAAGUUUAAAGAUAUUUUUGAAGAAUUAUAUAGUUCGUUAAAUGAAAAUUGUAUUUCGAAAUCUCUAGAAUAA